AUGCACUGGCCAACAGUUGCAUUAGUUGCACUCCUCGGAGCAGCCGGUGUCCUUGGCUGUGAUGUUCCGCUCAGACAUUACACAACGAUGGGAUGCACUGCCAUUGGAAAGCUCUCCUCCGGCUGCCCGGAACGAUACGAGUGUCCUUCGAUAACGGCACACGACAAUGAGAAGUGCUACUUCAACGGAAAGACAUACAAGAUCAGCGACAGUCUACCGAACGAAGAAGUUGCCCAAUUUUGUUCGGCUUUGUGCUACUGUCAAGCCGCGGAACCGUUUGCCCAGUUCCGUUGUGCCCACGUCGACUGUGCAGAAUUUUUCCACCGUUUCGAUCACGAAAAUUGUAUUCGCACGUACAAGAAGGGUAGCUGCUGCUCAGCGGGAUCGGUUUGUGGUGCCGAGCGUGACAAUCUGGCACAGUGCAAAGUUGAGAACGAAAUCUACAAGGAAGGUCAGCGUAUCCAAUUCAAGGAUAAUCCUUGCCGUACCUGUAUUUGUACCGCAGACUUCAAUGCCAACGCUACCGACACGGACCCGAACUGCUACGAAACAACCUGUGGCUUCGAGCUCUACGAGGCGAAUAACGUUUUUGGUGGUGGUGUUCCGGUCUACAAGAAGGAUCGCUGUUGCCCGUGGGAAUGGCGUUUGCCUAAAGAAUCGGAUAAAGUUGCCACGGGCGCCAAGGCGGCAUCAAACGAUCCUACCCUGCAAUGCAAGUACGGUAAGCUGACGCUCAAUGUAGGAGACAAGUUGGACAUUCAGCAGGAGGCUGAAGAAAAUGAGAAAAUGAGCUGCAGCUGCGCGGUUCCUCCACUGCUACAUUGCCUCCUGGACUAA